GCACGUUUAAACAGUCGCCAUUUUCAACACGAAGGCACAAUUCGGUGAUAGCAUGUCAUCAAACUCAAAUAUUCGCUUAUCCCGUGAGACCCGCCACUUUUCUACAUAAACUGGUGUGAGAAAUCAGCAUCGCCUGUGCCUCUAGAACCUUUUUUUCUAUCAUCCAUGGUUCAUUUAGACGCUGACCCUAGCCUACUUGGUUUUGCAAGCUUAUCCAUUCAUGCCGAUGAUUUCCUGUCGAAAACCAGCGACAUCGCGCCGGCUAUCCAUGUGUCUACCACCUAUUCGCAGCCCGAUCCCGACCAACAGCCUGCCGAUGGCAACGGUCUUAUCUACAGUCGAUACUCUACGGCCACUAGAGAUCGUGUCGAGCUUGUGCUGGGGACGCUGAACAAGGGCUAUGCUGUAACGUACUCUUCAGGUUUAUCGUCCGGAUUUGCUGCCUUGCUGCAUAUUCGUCCCAAUCGCAUUGCCAUAGGCGGCGGAUAUCAUGGUACGCACGGAUUCAUUGAAGUAUACAAGCGCCAUCGCGACAUUGCCAUUAUUGACCUGGACGCUGAAUUGCAAAAGGGCGAUCUGGUGUGGCUGGAAUCCCCCUUGAAUCCUACAGGCGAAGUCUAUGAUAUUUUAGCUUACACUGAACGCGCUCAUAAAGUUGGCGCAACCGUGCUUGUUGAUUCUACAUUUGCCCCGCCCCCUUUGACCUGGGCCAUUGAGCUUGGCGCGGAUAUUGUGCAGCAUUCCGCUACCAAGUAUUUUGCGGGUCAUUCCGACGCCCUGGGAGGCGUAUUGGUGGUUAAAUCGGAGAAAGAAGCUGACCUGCUGCGGAGUGACCGCAAUGUCCUCGGCUCGGUGCUUGGAUCACUGGAAGCCUGGCUGCUAUUACGCUCUUUGAGAACUCUGAAGCUGCGAGUCACGCACCAAUCGCAAACAACAGCAAGUUUGGUGGCAUGGUUGAAUCAAGCCUCAGACGGCAAGGCGCAUGAUGGUAUUCCUGCUAAUGCCAUCUACGCCGUCAAGCAUGCUAGCAUUCAGAAGGUCAAAUGGGAUAUCCAACGACAAUAUCCUGGCGGGUUUGGAGCGACGUUCAGUGUUUUGUUGACAUCCAAGACAGCAGCGCAGAGACUUCCGUUCCGUCUCAAACUCUUCCAUGCAGCUACAUCUUUGGGAGGUGUAGAGUCGCUUGCCGAAUGGCGCUACCAGUACGAUCCCGAAAUCGACGACCGUCUAGUACGCGUUAGUGUGGGUUUGGAGGAAUUGGAUGAUCUGAAACAAGACUGGAGACAAGCUUUGUCGGACGUGUAGUUAUAGCGUGGCAUCAUUACCAUUGGUUUGGCUGGCUGGAGAUCCUUGCACAAAUAAAAUUUAUCCCACAGAAGCGUAUCUUAAAAUAACUUCCAUCAACAUGGUGUUUGCCAAGCGGUGACUACGAGCAAAAAGGUACCUAACCCCCUUUUUUUGUUUUCAUUGUUUAAUUUAGAAGCUUCUAUAUGCAUUGCAGAAAAAUAGGAGAACUGCCAUGGUUUCCAAGUAGUGAAACCUCACGUGUGCCAUUUUCAACAUCAGCCAUUUGCGAACAAUGAACUGUUUG